AUGUAUAAUGAAACGGGGGGAGAGGAUGCUCUGGUGGGGAAUGUGAACAAACUGAUGGUCACCCCUCCAGGAUACACUGGACCACCCAAGAAAGGUCACAUCGUCUUCGACGCCUGCUUUGAGAGUGGUAACCUGGGCCGUGUUGACUACAUCAGUGAAUUUGAGUUUGAUCUGUUCAUCAGGCCUGACACGUGUAACCCUCGCUUCAGAGUGUGGUUUAACUUCACAGUGGAAAACGUUCGAGAGACUCAGGCUUGGAUAAAGAUGUAUCCAUGUUUCAAAAUGAAAACUUGCCGAGCACCACAUGCAAUCAAAAACGGGCUUUCGCACUGA